GGGGGUUGGGCAGAACUAUGUUGGCUUUCCUAGCUGACAGGUUGCGCACGCCGAUUAGUUACCAAAUCUUAGCGACCUGACAAUGGAGAUCGAUCAAAAUAGAGGUGAGUCUUCACCACCAGAGACUCCAGCCACUAAAAUGACCAGACAACAAAUAUUAACACUUAUUGCAAUGGCAUCUAUAAACUUCAGUUCAAUGAUCUGCUAUUCCAUUCUGGGUCCCUUUUUCCCAAAUGAGGCAAAGAAGAAAGGUGUUAGUCAAGCUAUGAUUGGUUUAAUAUUUGGAAUCUAUGCAUUAUGCACUUUGGUUGGGUCUUUGUUACUUGGUAAAUAUAUUGUCCAGAUAGGAGCCAAGUUUAUGAUUGUCGCAGGUUUGUUCGUAUCAAGUGUAUGUACUGUACUCUUCGGGUUUCUUGACCAAGUGUCUGAUGGGACUGUUUUCAUAGUGCUGUGUUUUAUAACACGGUGUAUAAAUGCAGUGGGCUUUUCUGCAGCCGUUACGUCGUCUUUUGCUGUUUCAGCAAAAGUAUUUCCUGACAACAUAGCAACCGUUUUGGGGUUUAUGGAGAUUUUCACUGGGCUUGGCCUAAUAUUGGGACCUCCAUUGGGCGGUUGGUUGUAUCAGGCGUUCGGAUAUGAAAUCCCAUUUGUUUUCACAGGAUGCCUUCUGUUUGCGACAGUUCCCCUCAAUAUGUGGAUUUUACCAAGCUUUGAUGCGGUUCCUUCCCAGAAUUCUUUCCUCAGACUGUGUACCAGAGUAAAGAUCCUGCUUAUCUGUUUUGUGGUGUUCACGCUGAGUUCAGGAAUCGGCUUCCUGGAUGCAACAUUGUCCAUAUUUGCCAUCGAGAAACUUAACCUCAGUGCUGGUUCAGUGGGACUUCUCAUGAUUGGACUGUCAUUGCCGUAUGGAGCGGCGUCACCCAUCUUCGGUGUGAUCAGUGAUAGAUAUCCUUCAAUCAGGAAAUGGAUGAUGGUGAUUGGUGGAAUGGCCACAGCGGUUAGCUUCUGUUUCCUUGGCCCACUUCCUGUUUUCCACAUUAAGAAUCAGCUCUGGCUCACGGUUCUCAUGCUGGUUGUGGUGGGCUUCUCUCUGUGUAUGACCUGCAUUCCAACUUUCGCUGAGAUGAUUACUUGUGCACAUGAAUAUGGUUUUGAGGAAGGAUUGAGUACACUGGGUUUGGUAUCAGGAUUGUUCUCAGCUAUUUGGUCUGCUGGGAUGUUCUUUGGCCCGACUAUUGGUGGAUACAUCACACAAUCACUAAACUUUGAAUGGAGUGCAGGGAUUCAAGGAGGACUCGCCUUUCUCGCUGCCCUCCUUCAAGUAACAUAUUUUACCUUUGAAGAAAUUCAAAAGAAGAAGUUACAAAAGGCCAACAAUACUGAAACGACAGAAAAAUCUCCUCUUCUUCCUAAGAACGAUCAUAUCAGAGCUGACGUCAGCUGAGAUGCUGUAUGCUUUUCAAAGGAAGCAGAAAUGUUAUCAUAUUGCUGGUUAAUAAGUGAUACUGAUGGAAUAUGACAAAAGUAACAGAUCCAAAAUCCAGAAAGGAUCUAUGUUACAGUGUUUAAACUACACUGGUGGUCUGUUGUCAACACAGAAGUAUUAAUUUUAUAUGGACCUGCCAUUAAACCAGGAAUAUAUUAUAUAUCAGUUAAACAUUAUGUUCUGUAAACAGAUUAAAUCAAUAAGAGAGGAGACUAAUAAUAGGAGUAAAAUAUUCCUCUGCGGUUGCAUAAAUUUAUCAGUUACAAAUGUUAAAAGUUAUAGAUCAGUGUGUGUGUGUGUGUGUGUUUUUGAGUACAGUAGGAAGUAUUAUUUCAAAGAUCUCUGAAAGACUUCAAAAAUGUUUUGGAGCUUUGCAAGAAUGCAGGAUUUUUGUGUUACUUAACAUAGAUUAGUCACACUGGCUCGAGUUUGUGAGUGACCCCAUUCCUGUUGACUUGAAAGAUUUAUGCUAUUGCCAUAUUACUCAUAGGAACAAAUUACAUUUCUACAAAUGUACAAAAAUGUCCUUUUUACAAUGUGCAUCAAAAUAGUUUCAUAUGCUGGGUUUCUUUGGUGCAGUUAUACUAAUAUUGACCCCAACCAAGGACUUAAAUUUGGCGUAAACACUGGGGAGGUUGCAGCAUUGGGGGAGGGGGGGGUCUACUUGCUUGUUUAUAUGUAGAUAUGGUUACUACUGGAUGAGCUGUUAUGGUUACAUUUUAGAUUAAUUUAAAUAAAACAUUUUUUUUUUCAAAACUGAAAACUCAAUGUUUGUACAAACAAAUACAUGUUAAAUAACUAUUAACAUAAAUACAGAACAAAAUAAUCCUGUAAACUACAUUACAAAUAAAAAAAUAUCUAUUCUGUAAUAAGGCAAACUACAAAAAAAAAUAGAUCAACAUACACACUAUUAGAAACACGUCAUUGUGUUUCUGUCUUUUUUUUGUCUUCAGUUCCACUGUAACAGAGGCAUGUCUAAAAUCAGACCAGGGCAUAUCAGUUUGGUCCUUCAUCCUCAAAUGCAUUGUUUUCUCUGCCUUGUCUGGGGAGAGGUCUCCUUCUGGAAGAUGUUGAAGGCAUCUCAGGAUCUGAUGAGUCAGCCUGAUGAAGAUCAAAGGGAACUUCACUUCUCUUCACCUUUUUCUUCUUCUUUUUUGUUCUGUUAAGAAUAUACGUGAAGAAAACAAAAUCAGCAUACUCACACAAAAAUGGCACUUCAAAUAGAAUACAUUAGAACAUUACAAUCCAUAUCCACAAAUGUCAUAAAGAUACAAUAGAAGUGUGUGAAUACUUAAAAUUGUUAAAGACAACAUGAAAUCAAAAUGCAGUGGUUCUUCCACAUUAUUCUAUUACAUUUUCGAACAUUUUCCACAAUCUUUAGUCAAAAUGUGAUAACCACCGCAGGAACUAUUUACAGUAUUAUAAUGCAACCAAAGUGGGGUGGGCAAAAUAAUAAUAUAAUAAAAUACAAUAGUCCAUUUUUACAAUUAGAAUGGAUACAUUUUGCAAAUAUGUUUCAAUUAAAAAAUAUAUAUAUCCCAUUAUAGUCCCAUUAAAUGUUGCAAAUGCCUGUUUUUGUUGUCUUUAAAUGUUUUUACAUUGUAUUAAAACUGAAAGUU